GGCCGAGCCCGGGGCCGCCACCACCCGGAGCCGCUGCGGCCCUUUAAGGCUCCAGUUGGUUCUCCCGGAAGCCGCCUGACGCGAGCAGCUCGUGGGAUUCCUUCCGCACAGUGACGUCACUCCUGGCUGAGAGGGCGGUGCGCGUGCGCCCCGCUGCCCUGAGGGUGGAGAGGCGGCGGGGCCGCGCUGAGCCCCGGGGCUUGCUGUGACCUGGGCUUUGUCACGUCGGAGCGCACAAAAUGCAAAUGCCAUUGCCCGAUAAAAGCCUCUGAGUGAGCACGAGGCCCACGGGGCGCUGUGCUGUCGUUCCUUUAAGCCGUGGCCAGUCUGACAGCGGCAGGUGUAGGCGGGGACACCUUCCCUGGGCCAGGCAAUGACGCCAUCCCUGGGCCGGGCAGGUGGUGCACACCUCCUGCCCACGGAACGGCCGGACUGGAGCUCUCUUCAGUGUUCUCUCAAAUGAGAGGAAUUGGUUUUUCCCCUCUCUGUGGACAUAAUUGUGUUCUGAUAGUAUCAUGACGAACAUUGUGAAGGGUCUGGAAAGGAAGCCAUUUGAGGAGUACCUGAGGUCACUUGGCUUGUUCAGCUGAAGUCAGACAUUAUUGUGGUCCUGGAGCUUCCUCAUGAAGGCCAAUGGCGGGACAGACACUGAUCUCUGCUCUGGUGACCAGUGGCGGCACUCAAGGGAAUGGCUGAAGUUGUAUCGGGGGAAGUUUAGGUUGGAUAUAAGGAAAAGGUUCUCCCCAACAGAGGAAUUGGGCACUGAAGAGGCUCCCCAAGGAACUGAUUACAGCACCAAGCCUGACAGAGCUCAAGGAAUGUUUGGACAGGGCUCUCAGGCCCAUCUUGGGGCUGUCCUGUGUAGGACCAGGAGCUGGACUCAGUGAUUUUUGUGGGUUCUUUACAAGAUCUAAAGGGACAUGAGAGAAACAGGAAAAAAAAGAUCAUGCAUAGAAGAACAGUUAUGUUCAUGGAUCAUAAACCAUGAAAUAGACCAUAAAAAUGGUAUUACAUAAAUCAUGCUGCUGAUUUUUCCAAGCCUGCUGUUAGGAUUUGCUGCAUACUGCUCACCUGGAAAGAAUGGCUUGUUGGGAAUUCCUGACUACUUUCGGAAUAUUUCAGAUGUGAUGCAGAUUGCAAAUGUGAGCUUGAAAAUCACAUCAGGAUGCCCAGAGAUGAGCGAGCAUUUCUCUGCCAGAACAGGAAGAUCUAUGGCACAUUCUUGUAGCUGACCAGCAUAUGGAGGACUCUCACUAAAGAUCUAGAUUAAAUUACCUAGGAACUGCUGUAAUUCAAAAAGAAAAUACAGCUGCCGGAGGAGGGAGGUGUGGAGGAGCGGAGAGGCGACCCCCAUCACAGACCUGCGGGGCGUGACCCUGUGCCUGCACCGCGCUCCGCUGCCCGACUGACAGGUCCCGGCUCUCGCCGGCGCUUCCAGCGGCAGCUCCUCCCUUCUGGCCAGAUGGACAGCACAGCCUGGACCCGGGCUCCGGGGGACCCGGCUCGGGGCAGAAAGCAGCCUUUUAUAGCCGGCACGCCGGGCUGCGGCUCACACCUACACACUCCGCUGCCGAGCACAGCGCCGCUGCCGGGACCCACAGCCCCGCCCGUCGCUGCCCAUGGCGCCGCUGCCCCCGCUGCUGCUGCUGCUGCUGCUGCUGCUGCCGGCGGCCGUUUAUAAAGGCACUUUUGGGGAAGCCCGUUUGAGAAAUCGAAGAGGAAUUCUGGAAUUGGCCGGAGCCAUCAGAUGCACCACAGGGCGCUCUCCCUUUGCCUACCUGCGCUACGGAUGCUACUGUGGCCUGGGAGGAAAAGGAUGGCCCAAGGACCGAGUAGACUGGUGCUGCUUCCACCACGACUGCUGCUAUGGGAGGGCAGAACAAGCAGGCUGUCAGCCAAAGACUGAAAGUUACCACUGGGAAUGCAAAGACAAUUCUGCUGUGUGUGACUCACUAGAAGAUAAAUGUCAAAAAAUGGCAUGUGAAUGUGACCGUGAAGCUGCCAAAUGUUUUUCUAAAGCUCCCUACCACAGAAAAUACCUUUUGUGGCCAGACUUUAUGUGUGGUGAGAUUCAGCCUUUGUGUAGGUAUUAGAUACGUAACUCUUAUAUAUAUUUAAAUCCAAAAUUACUUUUUUUUUUUUUUUGGCCACAGUAAUGGCAAGAAAUUAUUUUCCCCCUUCUUGAUACUCUUUCAUUCCACCUCAGCCUCUCUACCUCAAAAUGUAAAUGUAAAAAAGUAAACAUUUUUCCUGUCCUUUACUUUCUCCCAUGCAUUAAUUAUUGACUAAAUAGAAAUCUGAGUUUAUUACCUUAAGGAGUAACUGACAAUCUUAAUAUUUGUUUAUAUUCAGAUUCACAGAUUAUUCAGAUUGAUAAUAUUAUUCACUGUGAACUUUUUAUCCCCCCUUCAAAUCAAACUUCUCGACUAACAGACCUUAGCAUUUGUUAACUUUCAACUGACUGGAAAAAGUUCAUGAAGUGACAGUGUCAGCACAAAGAGCCCUCUCAUCUACAUUAAACACUUACUACAAAGCCUAA